AAAAAAGUGAAACAGAAGUUGCAAGUGUGAUAUUCGUAAUUAUAUAUAGUCGUCCAUAUAUCGGGGGUGUAGAAGACCUGAAUCCUUCUCCCCAAUUUAUUUAUGUACAGUAUUUCUCUAUGAUCUCAUCCACCUUAAACCGCCUCUGUCCUGACUCCCUUCCCAGACAAAGCAUGAGAAAGAUCUCACCAUCAAGACCCGACUCAAAUUGACCAUUCUACCACCUCUUAUCCCUCUCCAUCCAUACAAAGCCCAGCCCCCUUUCCUGGUUUAGUCCAUUUCGAGAUCAUUUUGUUUAUUCAAUUCUCUAUUUCCACCCACAGAACAAAAUUGUUCUGAAAUCUUCACCGAGCAGUCCAUUUUCGGUAUAUCCCUUGCGUCUGUAUAUGAAAUAUUCGUGUAAAUCUCUCUAGGUUUCGAAAAUUCUGAAUACAUUUGAAGGAAGGAAGAAUUCGCUGGGAUCCUUGGGGGAGCACUGUAUGUAAUUAUGGAGUCCCGGCCGUUUUGAGUAGAGGAGUAUCCAAGGAGCGAUCGAAAUGCGGGUGAGGGAGAUGCAUCCGCUCUGUUGCCUGCUGCUCGAGAGCGGCGCGAUCGGUGACCAAUCGCCUCAGCCGACUUCGAAGAAGAAGGCGACGCCGCGGUUAUUGAGGACCGGAUCGGCGGUGGUCGGAUCUGACGCUUGGUCCGUGGGAUCGGAAGCCACCAGUGUCGCCGGCGUCCUCUACAAGUGGACUAAUUUCCACAAAGGCUGGAGAUCCCGGUGGUUCAUACUCCGCAACGGCAUCCUCACCUACUCCAAAACUCGCCGCCCCGCCUACUCCGCCUCCUCCGACGACGGAAUCAAGCUCAUCGGCCAGCUCCCAUCCAACAACCCCGGCGGUCAACGUAAAGCCCGCAAAUCCGUCCGCAUUGUCCACCUUAAGGUCUCAUCAUUUCGGGAGAGCAGGUCAGAUAACAAGAAGUUUUACAUAUUUACAGCUACAAAGACACUACACCUAAGGACAAAUUCAAAGAAAGAGCGAGUAGCAUGGAUAGAAGCUUUGAUUUCUACAAGAAAUCUCUUAAUGCUUGGCCCAGCGAAUGAUGAUGCCCCUCUUUUACCCCGGGAUAUAUCCAUAUCAACUGAGAAACUGAAGAGUCGCCUGGUUGAUGAGGGUAUGAGUGAGGGACUUGUCAAGGAAUGUGAGAAGAUUAUGCUCUCUGAAUUUUCUCAAGUUCAAGCCCAGCUCAAAGUUCUUAGCGAGGAGAGGUUAAGUUUACUGGACACACUAAGACAUUUAGAGACAGCUAAUAUUGAAGCCGAAUCCUCUGGAGUUCUGUGUCGAGAUUACCGAUUGCGUGGAAAGUUCAGUGAAUGGAGCACAACCCCAUCAUCCGAUGAUGCUGAAAAGCAGGAGCUGGAAGAGGUGUCAGAUGAAGAGGAACUUGAUUUUUUUGACACAGAUGACCAUUUUGCAGACCCCUUCAUCACUUGUGAUUCAGUAGGUGCAAAUGAAUGUCAUAAUAAAUACCUCGAAUUCAAAAACCAGAGUAGUAGCAUGAUAAGUAUAAGUUCCGGAAACAACAAUCCAGUGUGUGCACAAGUAGCGAGGAGACAAAAACUACCGGAUCCAAUAGAAAAAGAGAAGGCUGUUAGUUUAUGGUCUGUGAUUAAAGACAAUGUUGGAAAAGAUCUUACACGAAUUUGCCUUCCGGUGUAUUUCAAUGAACCGUUAUCAUCACUUCAGAAAGGUUGUGAAGAGUUCGAGUACUCCUAUCUUCUAGAUCAGGCAUAUGAGCAUGGCAAAGCGGGGAACAGUCUCCUAAGGAUUUUGAAUGUUGCUGCUUUUGCUGUGUCUGGAUAUGCUUCGACAGAAGGUCGACACUGCAAACCCUUCAACCCUUUGUUAGGAGAAACCUAUGAAGCUGAUUAUCCCGAGAAGGGAAUCAGGUUCUUUUCCGAGAAGGUAAAGGCUGGAAAUUUUGGGGUGACAGUAAUCUUAAGUCUAAGUUUUGGGGGAGAUCAAUUCAACUUGACCCAGUUGGAACCCUAACUUUAGAAUUUGACGAUGGGGAGAUAUUCCAAUGGAAUAAGGUCACAACAAGCAUCUAUAAUAUUAUCCUUGGCAAGAUAUACUGUGACCACCAUGGAACGAUGCAUAUACGUGGUAAUCGUCAACACUCUUGCACCCUCAAGUUCAAAGAGCAAUCACUUCUUGAACGCAAUCCGCAUCAGGUUCAUGGAUUUGUUGACCACAAAACUGGAGGGAAAGUAGCUACAUUAUUUGGAAAGUGGGACGAGAGCAUGUAUUAUUUAAAUGGAGAAUAUAAUAGCAGACCAAAAGAUAUCUCGAAUGCAUCAUUAUUGUGGAAGAGCAAUCGGCCUCCCGAGAAUCUCACCCGAUACAACAUGACUGCUUUUGCAAUUACUCUGAAUGAGUUAACACCAGGGUUGCAGGAGAAACUCCCACCAACUGAUUCAAGACUUAGACCGGAUCAAAGAUAUCUGGAAAACGGAGAAUAUGACAAAUCAAAUGAUGAGAAACUACGACUAGAGACACGACAGAGAAUGUCCAAGAAGUUACAAGAAACAGGUUGGAAGCCAAGAUGGUUCAAAAGAGAUGGAAAUGAUGGCACUUUCCGUUAUGUUGGUGGCUAUUGGGAAGCACGGGAGAAAAGAAGAUGGGAAGAAUGCCCAAAUAUAUUUGGUCAGAUUGAUGAAAGUCUCUUGGGUCAUGUAAAGCACACCUCAACUAGGGUUUCUGAUGGCGAGUAAUUGUGCAAACAGAGUUGUGUUUCUGUUCCAUGUUUUGUAGGCCUAGUUUUGUAAUCUCUUACCCCCUUGCCACUAUAAUUGUGUUAGUUUUUUUAUUUUUUAUUUUUUGGCUUCAGCAGAGCUUUAAUUUAGGUAAUUGUUUGUAUUAGCUUUGCUAUCCAAAAAAAAAACUGCAACUGAUGUAUCUAAGAAAACAAGCCAAUUAAACAGGGCUGCUAGUCUUGUAAAGUUCUAAAAAGAUCAUUAUAGCAAAAUCAUGAAAAACACUGAAGAGUAGAUAUAUUUAUUACCAGAAAUUAACAUGAUCUACAGUUAACACGAUGCCUUUCUCUAUUUAUAUUGAUGCUUGGUUUGCAAUUUUCUUUGAAUUUUAUACUCCGUCCUCCCAGUCCAAAAGCAGCUACUCGUUUUCAUUUUUCAACACUGAGGAUAUAUUAAAAAUACAAAACAGCAUCUCAUAAUUCAUGCUCCCAUUAUAUCGAAAAUGGAAAUAUUGUUAUGGGAAGCCGUGGCAGAGAUUUGAAG